UUCGAAAACCGCACACGAAUUUAAAAUGCGUGUUGCUAACGUUGGAAUAUUCCUGCUCUCUUUAAGUUUUUUUCACUGUUUGCAACUGAUCCCGGAGCGAGCAAACGUGACGUACAUAAACAAAAAAUACAUGGAGUAUGGCAGACUGUACAUAUCCAGAUACGGGAGGAAAAGUCCGUACUACAUUAACCUGGAAGGAAUCAUCAAACAUACUUGGGCUGACAACAUCACGAUGCAUCUGAUAUUCUACGAGUACCUGCACAACGAGUACCGGCGGUCUUUCGUGGAGGUCCACAUCAUGUAUUGCAAGAUGAUGAAAACAGACCCUUACAUUGGAGGCAUGCUCGCCAAACAUGGCGCCCCUUGUCCUGCGCCACCGGGAGAAUACAAGCUGCAGAAUAUGACGCUGCAAGGCGAUAACUUCCCCAAUUUGUUCCCCAUCUCCAAGGGCAAGAUCGAGGUGGAGCUCACCAACACCAGCUCCACGGAGACCAUCCUGAAGGCGUAUGCGACGGCGUCUUUCGUGACCAAGGCUAAAAAGAAGAUCUAG